AUGGGGGACACCAAUAACUGGCCAGCCCCUAAAGCGCCGGCACCUGGCGAGGAAGGAUACACGACAUCUUCGUCGCUGUCGUUCCAGGAGAGAGAAAAGGGCAAUGCACCGAAUGCCGAUGCGUCAGUACUAGCAGCGCUAGAUGAGAAGAACCCAGAUGCGGCGGUAACGACGGACUCCCUGACGUCGGAGCACACGCUGAUAGACGGAGCCGAGAACGAGGAGUACGUCACGGGGUACAAGCUCGCACUCCUGUUGUUUAGCGUCACGACCUUUUUCUUCUUGCUCAUGUUGGACAUGUCGAUUAUUAGUACGGCUGUACCGCAGAUCACGUCGGAUUUCCAUAGCUUACCGGAUAUUGGAUGGUAUAGCGGUGCUUACCAGUUAGCUGGUGCCACGCUCCAGCCCCUGACAGGAAAGCUGUAUACCCGUGUCAGCGCAAAAUGGGUGUUCCUAUUCUUCUUUUUCAUCUUCGAAGUUGGUUCCCUGAUAUGCGCCGUCUCCCAAUCGUCGGUCAUGUUCAUCAUUGGCCGAGCUGUUGCCGGUGUGGGUAGUUCGGGACUCCAGAACGGCUCAUUGACUGUUAUUGCUGGUGCCGCGCCUUUGGAUAAGCAGCCGAUGUAUGUGGCUUAUAUGAUGGCUUUUGGUCAGAUCGGUCUUAUUGCUGGACCGUUAAUCGGAGGUGUCUUUACGCAGUAUGUGACCUGGCGAUGGUGCUUCUAUAUCAACUUGCCGCUCGGUGGCCUCGCUGGGAUCUUCCUGGCUUUCAUGCAUGUACCCGACCAAACAGUUAAGCCGCAAAUCUCAUUCAAGCUGCUCCGCGAAGUCAUCCCGCAACUCGACCUUAUCGGCUUCGCCAUCUUUGCCCCGUCCGCCGUCAUGUUAUUACUGGCUUUGCAAUUCGGUUCAUCCCAGUACCCCUGGAACUCGUCAACUGUGAUCGGCCUCUUUGUUGGUGCGGGCGUAACUUUCCCCAUUUUCCUAUGGUGGGAACGCCGCCAGGGCGACGAGGCUAUGCUUCCCUUUUCAAUGGUAGGCAGGCGAAUCGUUUGGGUUAGCGCCUUAUAUGGCGCUGCUUUGAUGACGAGUAUCUUCGUCGGGGCUCAGUUCUUCCCGAUCUAUUUCCAGUCCGUUAAGGGCGUAGGGCCGACAAUGAGCGGUGUCAAUAUGCUGCCGAGUAUCUUGUCGAGUGUGGUAUUCAUCCUUGUUUCUGGGGCAUUGUUGGGGAGACUCGGAUAUUACCUCCCAUGGGGAGCAUUUGCUGGAGCAGCUACUGCGGUUGCUGCUGGCAUGAUAUCAAUGUGGGGCCCUGACACUACGACGGCGUUCUGGAUUGGCACUCAAAUCUUGUACGGAGCUCGUGGCUGCGGCAUACAGAUCGGGUUGGUAGCCCUUCAGAACAACCUUCCACCCGCGCAGAGUGCGUUGGGCGUUGCAUUCCUUAUAUUCUGCCAAAACUUUUCUGCGGCGGUCUUUUCCGUAGUUGCGAACACCAUCUUCCAACAGACGUUGCAGAAACAGAUCACCAUACUUGCGCCCUCCAUCGACCCGGCCAUGGCCUUGGCUGCGGGUGGUAGUGCGGAAGCGGUACGAGCCUUAGCCCCACCGGACAGUCCGGAGCUCCGCGGAGUGCUCAUGGCCUUUUCUAAGGCCUUCGACACGACUGCUUACUUGCUGAUCGCUUGCGCGUCUUUGAGCUUCGUGGCAUCGUGGGGUAUGGGCUGGAUUGACGUGAGGAAGAAGAAGCAACCCGAGAAAGGAGAGGCGUAA